AUGCCCCCCUGGAUGCAGGAUGCAGAGAUCUGUAGGCUUCUGGACGAGAUCCAGUCCGACAUUGACGGGGAGCACGAGGCGUUUGCAAGGAGGGACUUUGAGUGCAAGCUGGAGCACCACAGGAACAUCAAGCCUCUGCUUGGAAAGAGGGACGGGCUUGUCCGCAGGGCAGUUGAGUGCUACUGGGCCCGCGCACUUGCGAACUACAGGCCCGGGGCGGCACUGCUCCCUGUGGAUGCACUCGGCAGGCCAGACACGCGAUGGCUGAGAUCUCUCGAGGUCGACUACCUCCCUGAAUAUGGAUACAGGGUGCACAUGGAGCUCAACGAGAACGAGUUUGUGCAGAACACUGCGCUGACGAAGAAGGCAUAUCUUGGGAGGAGAGAUGUGGAGAGGAGCGGGGUGCGGUGGAAGGGAGACCUGAGGUGUGCUGUGCUUGGGUUUUUUGAGACAGACACCCAGGACCUGGACAUCUUUGACAUCCUCUACGAGCUCUAUGUCAACUCAGCCUUCUAUUUUUUGAAGUCUCCCUGA